ACCGCUGAAAUUCAAAUUUGAACAGAUGUUUGAGAGACGAAAAAAGGAAAGAGUGUCUAGAUCUGCGCGUUGAGUAACGACGGCUCACAAGCUGUCAUUGUCUCGCCAAUCGAUAUAGAUAAACAUAUAAUAGUUAAUACAGUUCUUUACUAGUUUCAACCUGGGAUAAACUGUCCCCAGAAUGGAUCCGUUUACUGAGAAACUCCUGGAGCGUACACGGGCCCGGAGAGAGAACCUGCAGAAGAAGAUUGCUGAGAGGCCCACUGCAGCCAACAGACCGAUGGCCAAGAGAGCCAGGGAACCGCUGGCAGAGACCAACAGUAUGAUCAGCGAACCAGUCGUUGACAAAACCCCACACCCAUCCUCCAAGCCCUCUCCGUCAAAGCGAAGAUGCUCGGGGGAGAAUGGCCAGCCAGUUGUGGGGGAAGAGAACCGGGAGCCAGUCUCAGUCUGUCCUGUGGUCCCGGCCACAACAGACCCUCACACGGACAGGAAGCCCCCUGUGGGUCCAGCCAGUGUGCGAUCUUCCACCUCUCUGGACAGGAAGGCUGUGCCUCCUACCACUACCCCUGAGCCAGAGACCGUGGUACCAAAACCACCUCCAGCUCAGACCCAUGUGGUACGUCCAGCCCCAGAGCCACAGAGGAUGGCUGCGAGUGCUGCUCCAGUACCCCAGGGGAGCAGGGAUGUGGACAUGACCUCCUCCAGCCCAGCUCUGCAGAGGACCAGGGAGGACCCCAAGGAAGCCCCUACCACAACCACAUCUGGCAUGAAGUCUCGUCUGCAGAGACUGGCAGAGCAGAGGCAUUACUGGGACGCUGACGGUACCUCUGAGGUGGUCCCAGACUGUGCAUCUCUGUCACCUGUCAAGACCCAGAGAGAGGUGGCCCCGGCUCCUGUCCCCACAUCCUCCGGGGCCCCCCUGGGGAGGAAGGGCCGGCUGGCCAACCUCGCGGCCACCAUUGGUUCUUGGGAGGAUGACCUCAGUCACUCUACGCACAAAUCGCAGCCUGAAACCGUGCAAGCCCAGAGAGAUUCUGCUGCUAGCACCAAACCUAGAUAUGGUGGACAACUAAGCAAUACAGCAUCCAGCCAGCCCAAACCCAGCUCCAAUCAGCAGCCUAUCUACUCUCCAGUCAAGUCCAACCGAGUGAUUCUGCCAAGCCCUCAGAAGACUGUGGUCCCUGAGGCAAGGCCAGCUGUACAAACAAGCAGAGGGCUGCCCUCACCCGUGGCCAGUCCCCAGAAGAUCUACCCAUCCAGUCAGGGGAGAGCCCUCCCCUCAAGCCCUCAGAAGGUGAGCCCCUCGGUGGUGCCUGUAGCUCAGAGUCCCCUGAAGAACCAGGCUGUCUCCAGUGGCCCCAACUUCAGUCAGAGUCCCCAAAAGCCAGGCCUCCCGAACAAGCCCACUCCCACUGGCCCCUCGGUCGUCCAGAGCAGAGAAAAGUUGGCCAAGGAGACCACCACCACCCCCCUGCAGCAGAAAACCCCAGCUGGAGGUCCAGGCGUCAAGUCAUUCCUGGAACGUUUUGGGGAGAGGUACCAGGAGCGCACCAACCAGAACUCCCCUGCAGGUGGGGCAGCUCAGGCCAGGACCCCCGCCAUGCCCCUGCCUGUGACACCCAACACUAGGCUGGUCCAGGAGAGGCUGAGAGGUGCACAGGCUGCCAGCACCGCCACCGCUGAUCUCACUCAGAAGCAGAAACUGGAGCGGGAGUCUGAACUGGCACAGAUUCGCAACCGCUUCCAGAAAGGGAACAUGUGGAAAAGCAAGGACGAGGCGGCAGAUCCAAAGCAAACCACCAAAAUCGUGGAGGUUUUGGAGCAGCCUGAAGAGGUCACGUCUGCUGAGGCUCAACCAGAGGAAGCAACAGUGCCACCUGCUGAAACCCUGAACCCUCCUGCCUCCAAGUCUCAUGGCCCUGCAGGCACCGGAGUGAUCCCCACACCUCUGGCCUCCAGCCCUCUGAAGAGAGUGGAGUUCUCAAUGGAAAAGCCUUCUGAGGACGAGGCCCCAGAGAAACAAGAAGACGAGGAUGUGGUCAGGGAGAUUGAGAUGAACGUGGACCACUCCAUAAACUCUGCAGUCAUCAAUGAGCUGUUCGAUGGUGUGCUGGAGGAUAGCGACGAGCGCACCGGAGAGGAGGAGGAGGAGGAGGGUGAGGAGGAUGCCCUCAACAUUUCCUCGAUGUCUCUUCUCACCCCCCUGGUAGAGGCCUCGCUAGUCAAGAGCCCAGAGAGGAGAAUGAUGACUUCCACCCCAGCCAGCUCCUUCAUUGAGAAGGGCAAUACUCCAGAGAGUGUCUCCAGAAAGAGCAAGUUCCAGAGGGCCCGCAUGCUCCGGGCUGGCUUGGACAGCGUGGAGGGCUCUGACGAAGACCUUAAACUGCCCUACAGUAUUGACGCUUACAGAUCCACCAGGGUCAAGGACACUGAGAGGCCCCAUGUGAAGCAGGUGAUCGUGAGGAAGGAGGACGUGGCCCUCAGACCUGAGGAGGCCAGGAGCGCCGGCAGCCAUGGCAACAUCAAGCAGAGGAUGAAGAUCCUGACCAAUGAGAUGAACCUGCAGCAGACGGUGAUCCACCAGGCCAGCCAGGCCCUGAACUGCUGCACGGAUGAGGAACAUGGCAAAGGCUCCCAGGUGGAGGCGGAGGCCGAGAGGCUGCUGCUGGUGGCCACGGAGAGGAGGGGGGCUCUGAAGGCUGAGCUGGACCGUCUGAAGGGAGAGGGUCCUGUAGGCCAGAGGAAUGGGGCCCCGGGGCCCUCUAAGGCCCAGUAUGACAUGGGGGUCCCUGCCUCGAAGGGCUCCAUCUCUCUGCUGGAGCUGCGACUGCCCCUUAAGGCUGACUUUGUCUGCUCCACAGCCAACAAGCCAGCAUCAGCCAGUCAUUACUUUUUCCUCAUGAUUCGGGCCGGAGCAGAGAACAUGGUGGCUACUCCGCUGGCCAGCACACGCAGCGCUCUCAGCGGAGACGCGCUGACCUUCUCCACCAAGUUCACCAUGUCUGAGGUUGCCAAUGAUUUUGAAAUUGACAUUGAGGUCUAUUGCUUGGUGCAGAAGCGUGAACUCCACACUGACAAGAAAAAGAAACCCAGCAAGUCAAAGGCUAUUACUCCGAAGAGAUUCCUCGCAAUUUCUAAGAGUAGCCAGACUCCAGUCAUGGCCAGUCCUGGAGGUCCCAACGCAGUUCGCACCAGUAACUUUGCCCUGGUUGGAUCCCACAAACUAACUCUGGCCUCAAUUGGAAAAAACAAAUAUUCCUUGGAGAAGGUGCCUUUCCUGUGUCCCCUGGAAGGGCAUAUCUACUUGAAGAUGCAGUGUGAGGUGGGCUCUAAGGUUGAGGAGAGGGGCUUCCUGACGAUGUUUGAGGAUGUCAGUGGGUUUGGAGCUUGGCAUAGGAGGUGGUGCGUCCUCUCAGGAUACUGCAUCUCCUACUGGACCUACCCAGACGACGAGAGACGCAAGCGCCCAAUCGGUCGCAUUAACUUGGCGAACUGCACUAGCAAAAAGGUGGAGCCUGCGAACCGAGAGUUCUGUGCUCGGCCAAACACGUUUGAGCUCAUCACCGUGCGGCCGCAGAGAGAGGAGGAUAAAGAGACACUCGUCAGCCAGUGCAAGAACACCAUGUGUGUCACCACAAACUGGCUGAGUGCUGACACUAAAGAUGAGAGGAAUCUGUGGAUGCAGAAACUGAACCAGGUCCUGGUUGACUUGCGCAUGUGGCAGCCGGAGUCCUGCUACAGCCCUGCAUGAGCACUCCCACCUGGGCUGGAGGGCCAUCAUUGACUCUGCCCAUUUGUCAUAAGAUUACUAAGUGCAAUACAAAAUUAAAGUUGUUGAAUAUUUUUACAGGUGGAAAAUCUAGAGCUUAAGUAAUCAGUCAUAAGUUAUAAGAAAUUUAGAGAAAUAUGAAUAAAGCCAUACUUUUAGUGACAUUUCAGUAUUUGGGAGGACUGGUGUUUUAACACCAUCCCCUAAACCCAUGUAUUUUAUUUGGUCCAAAGUAUUUAGGAGGGACACUUUUACAUCUGAUAUUUUGUAUCCUGUCUGGCUUGUGUGAGUUUUUUUAAUGUCAGACACAAUGUUAUUCAGUUUGUAUAUUUUACAUGGUAUGUGCACAAACAAUCUAGAGUUUAGAUAUGAUGCAAAAGCGGCAACAUUUUCUGUCUGGAUGCUUGACUUAUUCCAUAAUAGCACUGAACACUAGCUCGUAAUUAUAUAUUAUUCACUGCAAUGCCCUUCUCUUUCUCAGACAAACUCCCUAGCUUUAGCUAAGUGGGUAUUUUGAUAAUACGCUGUAUUUAUCAUGUUGGGUGUCACGCAACAUAAUAUUAAGUUGUCCAUUAUAUGACCAAGACAUCCACUUGUUUGUCCUAUGUCAUUGUCUUAUACUGUUUCAUAAGUGUGCCCAGGAAAACGUUUGAAAUAGUUCAAGGACCCUGGUAAUUUUGGUAGGCCUAUGCAUUAUUGGAGGGUGUACAUGGCACUAUCCUAAAAUACAAAUGAUCAAGGCCAGUUUUUUUAUCACUUAAUAGGUAAGAAUUAUUGUUAGUACUAUUUUUAAGCAUAUCUCUAUCUACUUUUUGUGAUUUUACGUGUUUUCCGGUUUGAUGCAUAGAAAAGUAUAAACCAAAAUUUAAACUAAAGCGCGAAAUGCUCAGCAAAAUUAACGCAAGUCUGUUCCCAGAAGAAAAAACAUUCCAAAUGUUCCUUGUUAGUCAGGUAUUGGUGGAAAGAUGAAACUUCAAUAAUAAAUGACAGCUUUAUCCUAACUGAA